AUGAAAGAAAUAGCCGAGCUUUUGAUUUCGCAUGGUUUAGACAUCAAUGCAAAAGGUAAACAUGGAAAAACUCCACUUCAUUAUGCAGCAGGAAAAAGUCUAGAUAUGGUAGAAUUCCUUAUUUCACAUGGUGCGGAUAUUAAUGCAACAACACGCCAAAAGGAAACUGUUCUUUCAUUUGCACAAUUUUAUCAUAAAAAUGAUAUAGUAAAAAUCCUUAUUUCACACGGUGCAAAGGAAAAAUAA